UUGACAUUGCUGAACACGCAAUAUUUUUUUUUCUGGAGUAGAAUUUCAUUUUGGUAAAAUUGAAUUUUUUCUCGCAAAUCAUGUUUAAAUCGAAACAUUUAGAUUUAUUCUGGAGAUUCUCCAAUCUUUCGUUGUCGUCGUCAUCUUCAUCAUCAUCAUCAUCGAAUAAUCGAUCAUUUUCGAUUAGUUCGUCAUUAUUUUUUCCAACUACAACAGAAUCACAACGACAACCACCAACAACAAUUCCACCGCCACCAAAACGAUCAUCAAAUGUAUUUGCAUUGUUUGUUCGUGAUUGUUUUAAACGAUUUCCAUCGGACAUGCCAGUUAGAGAACGAUUUUCACGUGCUGGACAAGAAUGGCGACAAAUGACAGCCGAACAAAAAGAACAUUAUCAGAAAAUGUCUACAGAAGAAUUUGUUAAAUAUAAAUCGGCUAUGAAUGAAUAUCUUGGUACAUUGAAUGAAGAAGAAAUGGCACAAUUUAAAAAAAUGAAAAAGGAUCAAAUUAAAACAAAAAAUCGUCAACGUAUCAAGAGUAAACUUCGUGAAUUAAACUAUCCAAAACGUUCUGUUUCAUCAUACAUAUUCUAUAUUCGUGAUCAUUUUAAACAAGAAUAUCCGGAUGGUAAAUAUCCACCGGUUAAAUCACCUGAACAUCUUCAAAAAGUUAAACAAUGGUCACAACAUUGGCAUCAAUUAACUUCGGAAGAACGAAAGCCUUUUGAGGAACAAGCUGAAGCUGAUCGUAAACGUUAUUUUGAAGAAUUAGAACAAUGGAAACAUGAAUUGGCUAAACCUGAAAAUGAGGAAAAAUUUCGUCAAUUGGAACGUCUAUCGAAAAAGAUGGAAGUAGCCAACUUGUCCGAAGAACGUGCCGAAUUACAUACAAAACGUCAACGAAGAGUUGCAGCAAAAAUCAUUAAAAAAAGAUUGAUGAAAAAAGCAAACGAAUUGAAGACAAAAAAGAAGGCUAAAUCAGUGGCUGCCAAAAAGAAAACGGCAUCAAAAGCAAAAAAAUCGACGAAAAAAACUUUGAAAAAAGUUGAUGAGAAACAAUCAUAAUUAGUUUCAUUAUCACUUUGAUGAUUAUUAUCUUUUUUUUCCUUAUAUUUUCAUAAUAUUUCUCUUGUAUCAUUGAUGUUGUCGUUGUCGCCAUAUAUAAUCAUCAAUGUUGUCAAAUUUUUAUACCUCGUAAUUAAUGAAAAAUAAAUAAAAU